AUGUCCACUACACUCUGGUUCCGCGUGUCCACCAACGCACCCGUGGUCUGGAUCGGUCCCAGUCACCACCUCUGGGUGGACCCAGACCACGUCCCGCUCGCCAUCUACAACCCGGACAUCGCGGGGUGGGAGUUCGGCGAGACGGCAGCUUGGGAUGAGGUCGCCAGGCCCCCAGCCCCCCUCCGCAUCCGCCCUCGCCCACUUCCAGCAGCGGGCAAGGGUGCAUCGGGAGCCCCAGCUCCCCAUCUGAGCAAGGUAGUCCAGCAGGCUCCCUCCUCGUCGCCCUUCUCCAGCAGCGACUCCACCGGCCCGUCGGAGGUGUGGAGCACCCCCAGCCCCGGCCGCUAUCGUCAGCCCCAGAAUGACAGCGGGGUGGGCCUGGCAAGCCCCCUCCUCCUGUCGCCGACGCAGCCGGGAUGGCCGGCCUCGCCUGCAGGCGCCGUUACAGCAUCCGCACGUUCCUCGUCACCCUCGAGCGAUCUCUCCUCCCCUUGCGGCCCGCCCUGCCUGGCUCCAUGGAAUUGCGCCUGUUGCUCAUCCCCCGGUACACUCUGCCAGGCCUGCAGGGAAGCCGCCAGUGCCGAAUGGGAGGCCGAGGUGGCGGAACGCGCCCAGCGCGAGUUGGACAAGGCCAACGACGCCGCUGUGGCCGAGGCCCACUGGCUCGCAAAGGAGGAAACCUGGGCUACCGAGGAUGCCCAAGCAGCCUGCCAGGAGUUCCUGGGCCGCGAGUCCGAUCUAGCAGCCGACCUAGCGGUGGCCGCCGACCUGGGCCGUUGA